AUGGCACAAAUAUCCGACGCUCGAUCAUCGCAAGAAUUUCCGUCAGAUGAUCGGACACUGGAGCCAACAAUGGGGCCACUCAAGCGGUAUUCAGCUCAGUCCCAUUCGCAGCACGGUUCCAGCGAGGGACUACUCUGGUCUCGGAUAUGGAUCCACGAGCUCCGACCCUGA